AUGGUCAAGCCACCUCCCAAGGGCGCUCCCAAGCGAAAAGCAGCUCCUCCAGUGCUAAAACCAUCCAAACGGGCUAAGACGAUCAAGAACGCUCGCGCUGCCGCGUCAGCGCCCAAGCCGAAACCCGGUCAAGCGCCCAAAGAAAGCAACGUUGGCUUGAAUGGGAAACCGAAGCGGAGACCGGACCAGGUGAAGAAGGUCAAGUUGAGGGACCAGGGGGUGAUUCCUGUACCCCGAGGAGAAUUUGAUGUCGGGAGGCGGAGGCGGCCAGUAGUCGCUGGUAGUCGGGACAAUGAGGAGGAUGGGAGCGAAGAUGAGGAAGAGGAGGAUGACGGUGAUGAGGAUGGAGAUGAUCUGAUGGAUCUGGGGGAGGAAGAGGGGCUCGAGGCGGGGUUCCUGCUAGGAAUGGACAGACAGGCGCUGAGUCGGACAACGAAGGAGACAAAGCGGCUGCAUCAGCUUUCCAAAACACAGGAACAAAUGCCGGUGAAGAAGCGGCAAAAGUCUCGUCUACCCUCGCCUGGAUCCGCUAGCACCAUGUCCGACUUUGACAUCAACUCGGACGACGAGCUGCCAUCGGACUCGGAGCUGAACGACUCGGAGCUGGAUGACUCAGUGGUGGAUACCGAGGGAGAAGUCGACGAGGAGGAUGGCGACGAGAACGAGAGCGGCGACGACGACGUCGAUGCGGACGUGAUGGACGCUUUCGACAAUCUCUCGGAGGAUAUGGACAAGGGGGACCAUAAGAAGCGGAAAGGGAAGAGGAGGGAGGAGGAGGCGGACUAUGAGAUGUCUGGCCGGUCACGUUGGGCCGGGAAGCCAGAGGAGGAGGACGGAGAGCAAGUGGAGGUCGGGCGCUUGCCCAUCAAGCUGCCCUCAGGAGAGGUCCAGCAAGUGGAGGGGACGACGAAGAUUGAGCUACCGGCUUCAAAGAAGCGGAAGGCCAAGCCCGAGCCGGUGGAGGAGGAAGAGGAGGAGGAAGGAGAGGACGAAGAGGAUCAGGAAGGCGCUGCGGCCAGGAUGGCAACGACGAAGGGGCGAUUCGGGCGGAUGGGAGUGGCGGAGAUUGUGGGACAUGAAGGAUGGAAGAAUGCGAGAAAGCUCGAGGCGGCAAAAGAGCAGAUUGCGGCGCUGGGCGCGGAGAUUCUCGCUGGAGGAGAGCUCGUAGAUACGAUUCCCACUCUUACCCGUCUUUCCACCUUCUCCCUCCCGACUGUCACCUCCCCAAAUUCUUCCACACCGCUCACCGUGCCCAACUCCGUUCGCGGUCUCUCCCUCCUAUCACAAUUGGCAGUCUACAAGGAUCUCGUCCCUGGCUACCGGAUCCGUCAGCUGACAGAAGCGGAGGAGGCGGAGAAGGUGCGAGAUGAGGUCAAGCGGAUGCGAGAAGGUGAGAAGGGGCUGGUGAGGACGUACAAGGCGUAUUUGAAGACAUUGGAAACGGAGAUCAGGAAAAAGUCACCGCUGUCAACACUGUCGAUCAAGUGUUACUGUGACUUGCUAUCCGCCAUCCCUCACUUCAACUUCAGCGAGAACAUUAUGGGUGUUCUGGUUGGGAAGAUCGGUCGUCGAUCAUGGGACGAGGACUCUGACCUCAUCUUGGCCACCUUCAUUGCCGUCUUCAAGGCGGACCUCACCUCCACCUACUCGCAGACCCUCGUCCGCCUCAUCGCCCGAAUGACAAAGGAGCGCAAGUUCCAGAUCCACCCCGACGUACUUUCAUGUCUCCUCCACUUGCGUUUGCAUACCGAGCUGGACCAAAUGGUCGCAAACCGAAAGGAUCAGAAGGCGAAGAACAACAGCAAAAAGUUUGCUGGGAGAGACGGGAAGGAUAAGGACGGCAAGGAGAAGAAGGAGUUCAAGUCUGAGAUCAAGAAGAAGUGGCAGACCAAGAACCAAAAGAAGAAGGAGAAGGAAAUGAAGGAGGUUGAGAAGGAUAUGAAGGAGGCGGAAGCGGAGAUUGAUCUAGAAGAAAGGGCGCAAGUGCAAACGGAAACGCUCAAGAACCUCUUCGUUCUCUACUUCCUCAUCCUGAAGAACCAACAAAGAACACCCCUCCUCCCGACCGCUCUCGAGGGCAUCACCCACUUUGGUCACUUUAUCAACAUCGAGUUCUUCCGAGAUCUGCUCACCGUUCUGCGCCGGAUAGUGGUGGAGGAGCCUCAGCCCAUCCUCACCGACGCCAAAGAAGCAGAGGAGGAAGAGGAGAUAUAUCAGGAUCCCGUUGGGGACUCGGAGCGUAUCCGUACUCGCUUGCUGGCUAUUGCCACCGCCUUCGAGAUCCUCUCGGGCCAGGGUGAAGCGCUCAACAUCGACCUCUCGGACUUUAUAAAUGCCCUGUUUGGCCUCCUCCGCCCGCUCUCGCUCGAUACUGGUAUCGACGACCCCACAUCCUACACUCCCCUUCCCUCCAACUUCUUCGGCCGGCCAUCCCGCUUCCGCCUCCUCGUACCCGGUCGCUUACCGCCCAAAACCACCCCCCUAUCCUCCCUUCCAACCUCCCAAAUCCUGCUUCGAUGCCUGCACUCCGUCUUCUUCGCAAGACACGCUACAAAUCCACCUUGGCGUACCGCAGCAUUCGUCAAGCGCCUGACGGAAUGCUCCCUCUUCUUCCCGCCCGCGUUUGCCAAGACGGUCUUGGAACUGGUGGCGACGCUCUUGAGUCGGGAUGCCAAGCUGGAGGGUUUGCUAGAUACGGAGGAGAGGACGUUCGACGGGACGUACAAGCCCGAGCUGGACGACCCGCAAUUGGUCAACACGUUCGCCACGAGCUUGUAUGAGGUCUUGCUCAUCGAGGGCAAGUACUGGGAGAAGAGCGUCAAGGAGGAGGGGCGGAAGUUGGGGCUGGGGAAUCCCAAUAGCGUGCAGCAGAAGAUGUAG